UUGUCUUUCGGUAUACUCUGCUUUUCCUCGGUAGCUUUACUUGGUGCGUUUUGAGACGAAUAAAAUGGAUUUAUGUUUUGUGACAUUCUGGUUUAACAAAUUCGCGCAGCAGAUUACUUGAAAUUCCUUUUUUCUCACGCGAGAUUUUCAAAGGUUCAGCUCGAGGCACAACAGUCACUGUAGAAAUUUGAAUGUUGGAGCGGCUAUAAACCUUUGUAAAAACAUUUGACUUCAAACAGCUGUUGAAGGACUUGAAGGUGAAGCGUAGGUACUUUGUUUGCACGACGAGUCCGCUGGGUUCGGAGGAAGUAUGAGAAGUCGACUUCAAUCGAGUAAAUUAGAAAAAGGAACGCUACGAUUUCUAGUUAGUAACAUUUUCGCGUCCAGCUUUACGCACACUCGACAAUCGUACCAUUGAUUCGGGAUAAUGCAGCUUCACCGACGAGCGAAUCGUCGGUAACUGACGAAGUGGUGUGCUUGCUGUGUUCGACGUUUCGCAAAGUGUAGAUUUCUGUUUCACGGUUAAUAUUAAUUUUAUAUGAGGUUGAACCGACACGAGUGCCGUUCAUCGAUGAUCCGUAUCACGAACGCGACGAAUCCAAUGAAUGUGCAUCGAGAGAAACCCUAGUCGCGCCGGAAUUGUCGGAAACGAGUGGCGACGACAACAAUGACAUUACACGCAAAAUACGAUUGUUGCGAUACAUAGAAUUUGGAGAAAAUGGCAACUGCACAAGGCACGCCGGAAUCGGAUACUGGGAGUUUCGAAUGUUUCCAAAAUUAUACAGCACCAGAAGUGUUUAUACAAGGUUUGGCCGGUAUAGUCGAUCAACAGGAUGUAGAAUCUAUGAUCAGGGCUCAGAAGCAAAUGUUGCAGAGGUUCGAAAAGACCAACGAGAUGCUGACAAAUUGUAAUCAGUUGUCUGUAAAUAGGCUAAAGACAGCUGGAAUGGAAUUUAAGAAGCAUACGGCUCUGUUGAUCGAAAUGAAAAAGGAUUUGGAUUAUAUUUUUAAAAGGAUCCGAGUGGCAAAGAACAAAUUGAGCCAACAAUAUCCUCAAGCAUUCAACGAGGCUGUAAGAAGCAGCUUGGCGGAAGAAGUAAUCGUCGAGGAUGUAGAUUGUCCUGUGAAACCAUUGGAACCUGAAAUCGUUCCAUUACCAACCACACCUCAAAAUGUUACUGAUCGAGAUCCAGAUUCUGAUGUAAAGCUCUUCUCCUCCUUGUUUGACCAAAGUACCUGGUGAUAUAAUCACGAACGGACGGAGUGGUUGUUAAUAGUCAAUUUCGAAUUUGCUUAUUUCGAUGCAUACGUUAACGAGUGACGAACAGUCUUUGUUCCUUGUCGUGAAACGAUCCAUGGAUCCAUCUUAAUUGUCCGAUUAUGCACGAUGUACACGGCGGCAUCCGUCUCGGAGCGGCUGCACGUUGAUCGAAAGUAUGUGUAAAGAUUUAAAUGAAUUCCGUGUAAGCUCAAAAGCAUUCGACAACUGUUAUCAACGAGACGAUCUGUUCGACAUAUACUACGCAUCGCACGAGAGCAAGUUAUAGUUACGUUACUAUACGCGUCGAUCUACGUUAGAAACUAAGAGUAAUCUCAUGUACAUGUUACAGCCAUAGUACGCGAUCCGAUACGAACGUAAAGGAAGAUUGUCGUAGAACAGAUUACUCGAAAUGAUUUCGAUACCGUGGCUGUAACGUAACAGUCAUACUGUAAUGGAAUGAAAGCUUCGGUAUAGCUCAAUGAAAUACAGAUGUUUAUCGUUCUGAUUCCGCUAGACGCAGUUGCUUCGUUUUAUUUC